AUGCCGAGAUCAGGCCUUGUGGACUAUGCAUCAAGUACAAGGCGGAACCCAGGAGACUGCCUCCAAGCAUCUGGCACUGGGGGCCUUGUGGACUAUGCAUCAGGGCGGAACCCAGGAGACUGCCUCCAAGCAUCUGACGCUGGGGGUAAGGAAGCAUGUAUGGCAGUGUACAAAUUUUGGAUAGCACUUAACGUAUUUGACACGUGGACAGAAUUCGCUAAUGACAGAUUCAAGUCUUCCUUAACCAAUUCUCAGCGUAUUCUCUUCUCCCUACUCUACCGCGGUCGACUCCCGCAUAUAACUCUAUUCGAUGAGUAUCACAAAAGUCUUUCAGAAGCUCUCAACAUUCUAGAGGACAAUGGUGCAGCGCCUGUCUUGCCUGAUGGUCGCGUGGGAGGAAAUGCAUGCGCCGUUGUACAUGCGUCUUUCUCAUUAUCUCCUCCGACGGCACUAUUAACAACGAAAUCGGGAAAACAAGCUCGCGCUUAUCUACUGAAAUCAGAUAUUGCUUACGUAAAUAAAUUCGAUGCAGAUUCGUGGCAAUGUGAGUACUACAGCUCUAGCGAAAACAUUAAACCAACAUCAGAUACUUUACUAUACUGGGCAUGUCUCAUCCGGGCACCAGAUAUGUUCCAAUGGUCAGAGAAACCAGGGUUUGCUAUGCACGGUCAUGUAGUCGGCGAUGAUGAUAUUUGUGAAAAGUUGGGAAUCCCGGUCAGUGAGAAAGAGACGAGAUUUUCUACUAGAGAGGACAUGGAUGCUAUGAUGAGUCUUUUGAGUAAAUGGUCAUAUCCUCAAUUUAAAGUAUUUGUAAGGCGUGGACAUGGCUUUUUUAUUUUGGGGAAAGAUGCCGAGGACGUGUUUGAAGUUUAUGAGAACAAGGUCAAGGGAAAGCUUACAAAGGUUAUUGGGUCAGAGACAUGA